AUGGCAGAAGGCGCCGAUGGAGAGGAAGAGAUUCAGUUUUUGCGGACAGAUGAUCACGUGGUUCUGCAGUCCACGGCCUCCAUUCUGAAAGAGCAGAUCAAACUUUGCCUUUCGUGCGAAGGGUUUGGGAAUCGUCUCUGUUUCCUGGAGACUACAUCUAAUGCUCAGAAUGUCCCGCCCGAUCUGGCCAUCUGCUGCUUCAUACUGGAGCAGUCCUUAUCUGUACGGGCACUACAGGAGAUGCUGUCCAACACUUCUGUGGAUGAGUCGUCACAAGGAGGGGGUCAUCGAACUCUGCUGUAUGGCCAUGCAAUCCUUUUGAAACACACUCAUUCAAGCAUGUACUUGAGCUGUUUGACGACAUCACGUUCACUCACGGAUAAGCUGGCGUUCGACGUGGGCUUGCAGGAGGACUCCACAGGAGAGGCCUGCUGGUGGACCAUCCAUCCAGCCUCCAAGCAAAGAUCGGAAGGUGAGAAGGUCCGAGUGGGAGAUGACCUCAUUCUUGUCAGCGUUUCAUCAGAGCGAUACCUGCAUUUGUCCUACGCCAGCGGUGACUUGAUGGUCGACGCUUCCUUCAUGCAAACCUUGUGGACUAUGACCCCUGUGAUGUCGGGUUGUGAACUAGCUGAAGGUUUUCUCACAGGAGGGUAUGUGCUCAGACUUUUCCAUGGUCACAUGGAUGAGUGUUUGGCAAUUCCAGCAGCUGACCAAGGGGAUGACCAGCGCCGAGUUGCUCACUAUGAAGGAGGAGCUGUAUGCAGUCAUGCUCGGUCCCUGUGGCGACUUGAGCCACUGCGCAUCGCAUGGAGCGGCGGUCACAUUAAAUGGGGGCAGUCAUUCAGAAUACGCCACAUAACAACAGGAAGAUACCUUCUCCUAGAUGAAGAAAAGGGCCUUCUAUUGGUUGACCCUGAGAAGGCCAAUUCAAGAAUGGCAGCCUUCUGCUUCCGAAUUUCAAAGGAAAAAAUUGAAGUUACCCAGAAGCGGGAUGUUGAAGGAAUGGGUAUUCCGGAGAUUAAGUAUGGAGAGUCCAUGUGCUUUGUGCAACAUACUUCAUCUGGUCUCUGGCUCACAUAUGCAGCUGUGGACGCCAAAUCUGCCCGUUUAGGACCACUGAAGAGAAAGGCCAUUCUCCAUAAAGAAGGUCACAUGGAUGAUGCACUUACAGUUGCACGCUCUCAGACUGAAGAAUCUCAAGCUGCUCGCAUGAUUUACAGCACAACAGGACUUUUCAACCAAUUCAUCAAAGGUCUAGACGCCCUGAAUGGAAAAAACAAAUCCGCAAACCCACCAAAUCUGCCAAUGGACACAGUGGUACUCUCACUUCAGGAUCUGAUUUUUUACUUCCGCCCACCAGAGGAAGAGCUGGAGCACGAGGACAAGCAGUUCAAGCUUCGUUCCCUCAAGAACAGACAAAACCUUUUUCAAGAGGAGGGAAUGAUCACCCUCGUUCUUGACUGUGUUGAUCGGUUGAAUGUCUACAACACAGCUGCCCACUUCUCAGAAUAUGCUGGAGAAGAAGCUGCAGAGUCGUGGAAGGAGAUAGUAAAUUUACUGUACGAGUUGCUAGCUUCUCUUAUCCGGGGUAAUCGUUCUAACUGUGCUCUGUUCUGCGACAACCUUGACUGGCUGGUCAGUAAAUUGGAUCGUUUGGAGGCAUCUUCCGGUAUCCUGGAGGUAUUAUAUUGUGUUCUUAUUGAGAGCCCAGAGGUGCUGAACAUCAUCCAGGAGAAUCACAUUAAGUCCAUCAUCUCUUUACUGGAUAAGCAUGGGCGCAAUCACAAGGUCUUGGAUGUGCUCUGCUCUCUAUGUGUGUGUAACGGUGUGGCCGUAAGAUCAAAUCAAAACCUGAUUACAGAGAACCUUCUUCCUGGUCGUGAUCUCUUACUUCAAACCAAUAUUAUUAAUUAUGUCACCAGCAUGAGGCCCAAUAUUUUCCUAGGGACAUGCGAAGGGUCCACGCAGUUUAAAAAGUGGUAUUUCGAGGUGAUGGUAGAUCACGUGGAACCAUUCCUCACUGCUCAGCCAUAUCACCUGCGUGUGGGCUGGGCUCUGACGGAGGGAUUCAGUCCAUACCCUGGUGGAGGAGAGGGCUGGGGGGGCAAUGGUGUCGGUGAUGACCUCUACUCAUAUGGUUUUGAUGGACUUCACCUCUGGUCAGGACGUGUUCCUCGUCAUGUUGCCACACCCGACCAGCACAUUCUGGCAGCAGAUGAUGUUAUCAGCUGCUGUUUGGACCUUAAUGUGCCAAGCAUUUCCUUCCGUAUCAAUGGUCAUCCUGUGCAGGGAAUGUUUGAGAACUUUAAUCUGGAUGGGCUCUUCUUCCCUGUUGUCAGCUUUUCCGCAGGCGUGAAGUUCCGAUUUCUUCUUGGAGGGCGUCAUGGUGAUUUCAAGUUCCUUCCACCACCGGGCUACGCUCCAUGUUACGAGGCUGUGCUACCCAGGGAUCGUUUGCGGAUCGAGCCCAUUAAGGAGUAUAAGCAUGAUUUUGAGGGUAUCCGGAACCUGUUGGGUCCAACACAGUCUCUGUCGCACACAGCCUUCACUCCUUGCCCUGUGGACACUAUACAGAUUGUACUUCCUCCCCAUUUAGAGCGCAUUCGUGAGAAACUAGCAGAGAAUAGUCAUGAGUUAUGGGCUGUGACCCGCAUUGCAGGGUGGACCUAUGGACCAUUUCGUGACGACAACAAGAAGCUGCACCCUUGCCUGGUUGACUUCCAGAGUUUGCCAGAACCCGAGAAAAACUACAACUUAGCAAUGUCGGGAGAAACUCUCAAGACUCUGUUGGCACUAGGGUGUCAUGUAGGAAUGGGAGAUGAGAAAGCAGAGGAGAAUCUGAAAAAAACCAAGCUUCCAAAAACUUACAUGCAGAGCAGUGGAUAUAAGCCUGGUCCGCUGGAUCUCAAUCAUGUCAAGUUGACUCCUAAUCAGAACACUCUUGUGGAAAGACUGGCAGAAAAUGGACACAAUGUUUGGGCCCGAGACCGGGUUCGCCAAGGCUGGACAUAUAGUAUCGUGCAGGAUAUUAUGAACAAGCGCAAUCCUCGCCUGGUGCCUUACAACCUCCUGGAUGAAAAGACCAAAAAGACAAACCGAGAUACUGUUUGUGCAGCAGUUCGAACCCUAAUUGGCUAUGGUUACAACAUUGAACCGCCGGACCAGGAGAGCAGUACGUUUAUAGAAAGCAGCACACGUGGAGAUAAGAUCAGAGUGUUCAGAGCAGAUAAGUCUUAUGGUGUCACGCAGGGCAAGUGGUACUUUGAAUUUGAAGCCGUGACAGUCGGGGAGAUGAGGGUAGGCUGGGCCCGACCCAGCGUUCGAGCCGACACUGAACUUGGUGCCGAUGAGUUGGCUUAUGUCUUCAAUGGCUUCAAGGCUCAACGAUGGCAUGUGGGAAAUGAGUCAUUUGGUCGGCAGUGGCAGUCUGGUGACGUGGUGGGUUGCAUGAUUGAUCUGACAGAGAUGAACAUCAUGUUCACACUCAACGGAGAGAUGUUGAUCAGUGACUCAGGCUCCGAAAUGGCCUUUAAGGACAUUGAUAUAGGAGAAGGAUUCAUACCUGUAUGCAGUCUUGGCCUGUCCCAGGUGGGCCGGCUCAACUUGGGUCAGAAUGUUAGCAGCCUCCGCUACUUCACCAUAUGUGGGCUGCAAGAGGGAUUCGAACCUUUUGCUAUCAACAUGAAAAGAGACAUCACAAUGUGGUUUAGCAAGAGCCUCCCCCAGUACAAUGCUGUACCAACUGAUCAUCCUCACAUAGAGGUGUCUCGUGUUGAUGGGACAAUAGAAACUGCUCCUUGUCUCAAGGUGACCCACAAGACAUUCGGAUCCCAAAAUGCCAACACAGAUUUGCUGUUCUUAAGGCUCAGCAUGCCAGUUGAAUUCCACGAGACUUUUAAAGUCCCCGCGGGCACCACGCUCCUCACUCGCACCCUCACCAUCCCUGAAGAUGAGGUUGUGGAAGUGGACCCGGACUCUGACUUUGAAAUACUCAAGAAGUCAGCCACUCGGAAAGAGCAGGAGGAAGAGAAGAAAGAACCCUCGGUUCCUAAAGAGAUACCUGCCAUCAAAAAUGGAGAAAAUGAGAAGGACGCCUCAACUGAGAAGAGCAAAAAAAAAGGAUUCCUUUUCAAAGCCAAGAAGGCUGCCUUAAUAACUCCACCACCUGUUGUUCCCACUAUGCCCCGCUUAGUGGAAGACGUGGUGCCGGAUGACAGGGAUGACAUGGAUAUAAUCCUGAACACCACCACAUACUAUUAUUCUGUGCGAGUGUUUGCGGGCCAGGAACCAAGCUGCGUGUGGGUGGGUUGGAUCACCCCCGACUAUCACCAGUAUGAUCCUCAUUUUGACCUCAACAAAGUGAGGAACGUAACAGUCACUGUAGGUGAUGAUAAAGGCAACAUCCAUGAUAGUAUUAAACGCAGUAACUGUUACAUGGUAUGGGGAGGUGAGUUCAGCAGCUCCCAGCAGACCCGAGUGAGCCAGGAAGACUUUGUUAUUGGCUGCCUUAUUGAUCUGGACACAGGACUCAUGACCUUUACUGCAAAUGGAAAAGAGAUCAACACAUUCUACCAGGUGGAGCCCAACACAAAACUAUUCCCAGCAGUCUUUGUUCUUCCUUCUAGUCAGAAUAUGAUUCAAAUUGAGCUUGGUAAACUCAAGAACAUUAUGCCCAUCUCAGCUGCCAUGUUCCGGAGUGAACGCAAAAACCCGGUGCCUCAGUGUCCUCCCAGACUGGAUGUCCAAAUGUUAACCCCUGUCAUCUGGAGCCGCAUGCCCAACCACUUCCUGGCUCCAGAGACAGGCCGCAUCAGCGAGAGACUGGGCUGGCUUGUUAAGUGUCAGGAGCCCCUCACUAUGAUGGCCCUCCAUAUUCCAGAAGAGAACAGAUGCAUUGACAUUCUGGAGCUUUCAGAACGAAUGGACCUGCUGAAGUUCCACUAUCACACUUUGAAGUUGUACGGCUCUGUGUGCGCCCUGGGGAACAACCGUGUGGCUCACUCUCUGUGCAGCCAUGUGGAUGAAUCGCAGCUCUUCUACGCCAUAGAGAACACCUACCUUCCUGGACCAAUGAGGAGUGGCUUCUAUGACCUUCUCAUCAGCAUGCACCUCGAGUCUGCAAAGAGGAACCGACUGGGAACUAACAAGGAAUUUAUAGUUCCGAUGUCAGAUGAAACACGCAGUAUCACCUUGUACUCUGUCAAGUCACACGCAUUACCCGGUGUUGGACUUACCACAUGCUUGCGUCCUAAACUCCAUUUUUCCUCCACUGGAUUUGUUGGGACAAAUCCAGACAUCUACACACUGAGUCCAUCGGUCCCCUUACAGGUCCUUAAGACAAAAGCGCUAACCAUGCUCAUUGAGGCUGUCCAAGAUGGAGGUCAAGCAAUGAGAGACCCUGUCGGUGGUAGUGUUGAGUUCCACUUUGUUCCGAUUCUGAAGCUCAUAAGUACCCUCCUCAUUAUGGGCGUCUUUGACGAUGAAGAUGUCACCCACAUCCUGAAAAUGAUUGAGCCAACAGUAUUCAGUGAAGAAGAGGAGCAAUUUGAUGAUGAUGGCCUUGGGGAAGAGGAGGAGGAGGAAGUGGAAGAAGAGGUGGAGGAAGAAACUGAGGCAGUAAAUGGAGAGAAAGGAGCAGAAGAAAGAGAGAAAGAGAUCAAAUUUUGCGAGGCCAGUGGUGAGGCUAAAGAAGAACAUGUAGAGCAAGGACUAUUCCAGAUGAAACUACCCGAGUCUGUCAAAUUACAGAUGUGCACUCUUCUGCAAUAUUUCUGCGAUUGCGAACUUCGUCAUAGGGUGGAAGCCAUCAUUGCCUUUUCAGACAAGCUAAUAAGACAGAUACAGUCCAACCAGAGGCAGCGAUACAAUGAACUCAUGUUGGCCUUCACCAUGAGUGCUGCAGAGACUGCGCGCAAGACCCGUGAAUUCCGCUCCCCACCACAAGAGCAGGUCAACAUGCUCAUGAACUUCAAGAACUGUGCCGAAGAUGAGGAUUGCCCAGUUCCAGAUGAUGUCCGUGAGGCUCUGCAAGCUUUUCACAAUACACUGCUGGGGCAUUGUGGUGUUCAUAUUGAAGAGGAGGAGGAAGAAGAAGUAGUGGAUUAUUCUGUGCGUGGACGACUGCUUCGUUUACUGGAAAGGGUGAAAAAAAUCCGUCAGAAGAAGGUAGAGGAGGAGCCUGAGCCAGAGGAAGAUAAGAAACCCAGCACAUUGCAAGAGCUAAUUUCCCAUUCCACGAUUCAUUGGGCCCAAGAGUCCUUUAUCCAGAACCCGGAGCUUGUUCGUAUGAUGUUCAGCCUCCUCCACAGGCAAUAUGACGGGCUGGGGGAGCUUGUACGUGCCCUUCCCAAGGCCUACACCAUCAAUGCAGUUUCUAUUCAGGACACUAUGGAUCUGCUCGAAUGUUUAGGACAGAUACGCUCCCUGCUUAUUGUCCAGAUGGGUCCAGAAGAGGAGAGGCUCAUGAUUCAAAGCAUCGGGAAUAUCAUGAGCAACAAAGUUUUCUAUCAGCACCCAAACUUGAUGAGAGCUUUGGGCAUGCACGAAACUGUGAUGGAGGUCAUGGUAAAUGUUCUGGGUGGUGGUGACUCUAAGGAGAUCAGAUUCCCCCGAGUGGUGACAAACUGCUGUCGCUUUCUUUGCUAUUUCUGUCGCAUCAGCCGGCAGAACCAACGCUCUAUGUUUGAUCAUCUCAGCUAUCUGCUGCAGAACAGCAGCAUCGGCCUCGGAAUGCGGGGCUCCACCCCUUUGGAUGUGGCAGCAGCCUCCUGUAUCGACAACAAUGAGCUGGCAUUAGCUCUGCAAGAACAAGACCUAGAAAUGGUCGUGAAAUAUCUGGCUGGAUGUGGUCUACAAAGCUGCCCAAUGCUGCUCUCCAAAGGCUACCCCGACAUUGGUUGGAAUCCAUGUGGUGGAGAGAAAUACCUUGAUUUUCUUCGUUUUGCCGUAUUUGUUAAUGGAGAGAGUGUGGAGGAGAAUGCCAAUGUAGUGGUGCGCCUCCUCAUCCGUAGGCCCGAAUGCUUUGGUCCAGCCCUCAGAGGGGAAGGUGGUAAUGGUCUCCUGGCUGCUAUUGAAGAGGCCAUCAAAAUAUCAGAGGACCCUGCAAGGGAUGGUCCAAGUGUCAAGAAAGACAGACGCUUUCCCAUGUUUGGAGGAGAGGAGCAGCAUGAAGAGAACAGGGUGCACCUAGGCAAUGCUGUCAUGUCUUUCUACUCAGCGCUUAUUGACUUGUUGGGACGUUGUGCCCCAGAAAUGCAUCUUAUCCAGGCUGGAAAGGGUGAGGCGCUGAGGAUCCGAGCCAUCCUGAGGUCUCUAGUCCCUCUUGAGGAUUUGGUUGGAGUCAUUAGUCUUCCGGUUCAAAUUCCUUCUUUUGGAAAAGAUAACAGCAUAAUAGAACCAAAGAUGUCAGCUAGUUUUGUGCCAGACCACAAAGCUCCAAUGGUUCUGUUCCUGGACAGGGUGUAUGGUAUUGAUAAUCAGGAUUUCCUUCUUCACGUGCUGGAAGUGGGCUUCCUGCCUGACAUGAGGGCUGCUGCCUCUCUUGACACGGCUGCCUUCAGUACCACCGAGAUGGCGCUUGCUCUGAAUCGUUAUCUUUGCUCUGCGGUGCUUCCACUCAUCACAAAGUGUGCCCCGCUCUUUGCUGGCAGUGAUCACCGAGCCAUUAUGAUCGAUUCCAUGUUGCACACAAUCUACCGGCUGUCUCGCGGACGAGCCUUCACAAAGGCCCAAAGAGACAUUAUUGAGGAAUGCCUAAUGGCUUUGUGCAAGCAUCUUCGUCCGUCCAUGCUUCAGCAUCUGCUACGACGACUGGUUUUUGAUGUUCCCAUUCUCAAUGAGUAUGCCAAAAUGCCGCUCAAACUGUUAACUAACCACUACGAGCGAUGCUGGAAGUAUUACUGCCUCCCUAAUGGCUGGGCCAACUUUGGCGUUGCAUCAGAAGAAGAGCUGCACCUGACUCGCAAGCUUUUCUGGGGGAUAUUUGAAUCUCUUGCCCACAAGAAAUUUGAUGCAGAGAUUUUCAAAAUCUCAAUGCCAUGCAUCUGUGCAAUUGCUGGUGCCAUUCCCCCGGAUUAUGUAGAUGCCAGCUAUUCUUCUAAGACUGAAAAGAAGGCAUCAGUUGAUGCGGAGGGAAACUUUGAUCCUAAACCAGUAGAGACCACAAACACAAUUAUCCCUGAAAGACUGGAUGCCUUCAUCAACAAAUAUGCAGAAUAUACACAUGAUAAAUGGGCUUUUGAAAAGAUCCAGAAUAACUGGUCCUAUGGUGAGGUUCUGGAUGAAAAUGCCAAAACCCACCCUAUGCUUAGACCCUACAAAACAUUCUCAGAGAAGGACAAGGAGAUCUACCGCUGGCCCAUCAAAGAAUCAGUCAAAGCGAUGCUUGCUUGGGAGUGGACAGUCGACAAAGCGAGAGAGGAGGAAGAGUCUGAGAAGAAAAAGGCAGCGUCACGAAAAAUCUCGCAGACAGCUCAGGCAACCUACGACCCAAGUCAUGGUUACAGUCCACAGCCCAUAGACAUCACCCACAUGGCUCUCUCAAGAGACCUACAGUCUAUGGCUGAGCAGCUGGCGGAAAAUUACCAUAACACUUGGGGCCGAAAGAAAAAAAUGGAACUACAAGCUAAAGGAGGUGGAACACAUCCUCUUCUAGUGCCAUACGACACGCUGACAGCCAAAGAAAAAGCUCGAGACCGAGAGAAGGCCUAUGAGCUACUAAAGUUCCUACAGCUGAAUGGAUAUGCUGUCACAAGGGGCCUAAAAGAUAUGGAAUCAGACAUUUCCUCCAUUGAAAAAAGAUUUGCCUACGGCUUCCUGCAGAAACUGUUGAAGUGGAUGGAAAUUGCCCAGGAGUUUAUUGCUCAUCUUGAGGCAGUUGUAAGCAGCGGACGAGUGGAAAAGUCUCCCCAUGAACAGGAAAUCAAGUUCUUUGCAAAGAUCCUAAUGCCUCUGAUAAACCAGUACUUCAAAAACCACUGCCUCUACUUCUUGUCCACGCCUGCAAAAGUCCUGGGUAGUGGUGGCCAUUCAUCCAAUAAGGAGAAGGAGAUGAUUGCAAGUAUCUUCUGUAAAAUGUCCGCUCUGGUGAGACACAGAGUUUCUCUCUUUGGUACGGACGCAUCUGCCAUUGUUAACUGUCUUCACAUUCUGGCCCGGUCCUUGGAUGCAAGGACUGUUAUGAAGUCUGGUCCAGAGAUUGUUAAAGCAGGGUUGCGCUCAUUUUUUGAGAGUGCUGCUGAUGAUAUUGAAAAGAUGGUGGAAAACCUUAAACUGGGCAAAGUCUCUAAAGGCAAUCAGCAAGUCAAAGGCGUGUCCCAGAACAUUAAUUACACCACCAUUGCCUUGCUUCCCGUCCUCACUUCUCUAUUUGAUCACAUUGCCCAGCAUCUAUUUGGAGAUGAUGUUAUGUUGGAUGACCUGCAGAUGUCAUGCUAUCGCAUCAUGUGUAGUAUCUACUCCCUUGGAACCGUCAAGAACCCACACGUUGAAAGACAGAGGCCAGCUCUUGGAGAAUGUUUGGCUCACCUGGCAGCAGCUAUGCCAGUGGCCUAUUUGGAGCCUCACCUAAAUGAAUUCAACGCAUUUUCUGUGUAUACCACAAAAACCCCAAGAGAAAGAGCCAUACUGGGGCUCCCGAAUGAAGUUCAGGAGCUAUGUCCGGAUAUCCCAGAGCUAGAUUCUCUCCUGAAGGAGAUCGGCGACUUGGCAGAGUCGGGCGCUCGCUAUACAGAGAUGCCUCAUGUGAUAGAGAUCACUUUGCCCAUGCUGUGUAACUACCUGCCUCGCUGGUGGGAACGAGGACUCGAGAACUUCCCCGAGAUGGAGGACCAGCUCUGCACUGCAGUCACAUCAGAGCACCUCAAUCAGUUGCUCGGCAGCAUCAUGAAAAUUGUAGUCAACAACCUAGGAAUAGACGAGGCCUCCUGGAUGAAAAGGUUGGCUGUGUUUUCACAGCCCAUUGUGAGCAGGGCGAAACCAGAGAUGCUCAAAUCCCAUUUUAUCCCAACAAUGGAGAAGCUGAAAAAGCGCACGUCAAAGGUGGUGGCCGAGGAAGAUCAUCUGCGAAUGGAGGGCAAAUCAGAAGGUGAUGAGGAAGACGGAACCAUACGGGAUGAGUUUGCUGUCCUCUGUCGAGACCUGUAUGCUCUGUACCCGCUACUCAUCCGCUAUGUGGACAACAACAGAGCCAGGUGGCUUACCUGUCCAGACCCAGACGCUGAGGAGCUCUUCCGUAUGGUUGGAGAGGUCUUCAUAUUCUGGUCGAAAUCUCAUAACUUCAAGCGAGAGGAGCAGAAUUUUGUGGUGAUGAAUGAGAUCAAUAACAUGUCAUUCCUCACUGCAGACAGCAAGAGCAAAAUGAGUAAGGGCGGGGACUCAGAGGGUGGGGGCUCAGAUGCUGAGCGUACCAAGAAGAAAAAACGAGGAGACCGCUACUCAGUGCAGACUUCGCUCAUUGUGGCCGCUUUGAAGAAGAUGCUCCCCAUUGGCCUUAACAUGUGCUCCCCUGCCGACCAGGAGCUCAUCAACUUGGCCAAGAUUCGAUACUCUUUGAGAGAUACAGAUGAAGAAGUUAGAGAGUUCCUGCAGAAUAAUCUCCAGCUGCAGGGAAAGGUUGACAAUCCGUCCAUGCGCUGGCAGAUGGCCCUCUAUAAGGAAAUGGCGGGAAAGGCCGAGGACGCUGAUGCACCAGAGAAAGUUGUCAAGAGAGUGCAAGAGGUUUCUGCUGUCCUCUACCACCUUGAAGUGAUGGAGCACCCAUUUAAAUCCAAGAAGAUGGUGUGGCAUAAAUUGUUGUCUAAGCAGAGACGCAGGGCUGUUGUUGCAUGCUUCAGGAUGACGCCACUGUACAACAUCCCGAGGCACAGAGCUUCUAACAUGUUCCUUGAGGGAUACAAGCGUAACUGGCUUCACACUGAGGGUUACGCAUUUGAAGACAGAAUGAUUGAUGAUUUGUCUAAAGCAAUGGAGCAAGAAGAAGGAGACGAAGAAGAGGAGAAAGAAUCAAAGCCGGAUCCCCUCCACCAGCUUAUUCUGCAUUUCAGUCGCACUGCUCUCACAGAAAAAAGUAAACUAGACACAGACCAUCUAUAUAUGGCAUAUGCAGAUAUUAUGGCUAAAAGUUGCCAUGUUGGUGAGGAAGAAGAAGGGGGAGAGGAAAUAGUGGAAGAGGCUGAGGAUGAGAUGUCCUUUGAGGAGAAAGAAAUGGAGAAACAAAGACUUCUUUACCAGCAGUCCAGGCUUCACAAUCGUGGAGCUGCAGAGAUGGUCCUCCAGAUGAUCAGCGCAUGCAAAGGCGAGACAGGCCCAAUGGUUUCUACAACCCUCAAACUGGGUAUUUCCAUUCUUAAUGGUGGAAAUAGUGAAGUUCAACGGAAAAUGCUGGAGUAUCUGAGGGAUAAAAAGGACGUUGGCUUCUUUUUGAGUGUCCAAGCCUUGAUGCAAACAUGCAGUGUCCUGGAUCUGAAUGCUUUUGAGAGGCAGAACAAGGCAGAAGGGCUGGGCAUGGUCUCCGAGGAGGGCACCAAUGAGAAGGUCAUGGCAGACGACGAGUUCACCUGCGACCUCUUCCGCUUCUUGCAGCUGUUGUGCGAGGGUCACAAUAACGACUUUCAGAACUACUUAAGGACGCAGAUAGGAAGCACAACAACUAUUAACAUCAUCAUCUGUACAGUCGAUUACCUCCUCAGAUUGCAGGAAUCCAUCAGUGACUUCUACUGGUAUUACUCUGGUAAAGAUAUAAUUGAUGAGCCAGGGAAAAAGAAUUUCUCCAAAGCAAUGACAGUUGCGAAACAAAUUUUUAACAGUCUGACGGAAUAUAUUCAGGGCCCAUGCACAGGUAACCAACAGUCUCUGGCCCACAGCAGGCUGUGGGAUGCUAUUGUGGGCUUCCUCCACGUCUUUGCUCACAUGAUGAUGAAGCUGGCUCAGGAUUCAAGCCAAAUUGGUCUCCUGAAGGAGCUUCUGGACCUUCAGAAAGACAUGGUGGUCAUGUUGCUCUCACUGUUAGAGGGAAAUGUGGUGAAUGGCACCAUCGCCCGUCAGAUGGUGGACAUGUUGGUGGAGUCAUCCAGCAACGUGGAGAUGAUCCUAAAAUUCUUUGACAUGUUCCUCAAACUGAAAGACAUCGUCACAUCCGAUGCCUUCCGAGAUUACAUCACAGACCCUCGAGGACUUAUCUCCAAGAAGGACUUCCAGAAGGCCAUGGACAGCCAGAAGCAGUACACCCCUUCAGAGAUCCAGUUCCUUUUGUCUUGCUCGGAGGCAGAUGAAAAUGAUAUGAUCAACUACGAGGAGUAUGCCAGUCGCUUCCAGGAGCCUGCUAAGGACAUCGGCUUCAACAUCGCCGUGCUGCUAACCAACCUGUCUGAGCACGUCCCUCACGAUACCCGACUGCAGAACUUCUUGGAACAAGCGGAGAGCGUACUCAAUUACUUCCGCCCCUUCCUGGGCCGUAUUGAGAUUAUGGGUGCCAGUCGGAAGAUUGAGCGCAUCUACUUUGAGAUCAGCGAGGUCAACCGCAGACAAUGGGAAAUGCCUCAGGUCCGAGAGUCCAAGCGGCAGUUCAUCUUUGAUGUGGUCAACGAGGGCGGCGAGUCCGAGAAGAUGGAGAUGUUUGUCAACUUCUGUGAGGACACCAUCUUUGAGAUGAAUAUUGCCUCACAAAUUUCCGAGCAGGAAGAGGAAAAGGGCGAUGAGGAUGAUGACGUAGAAGAAGCCGUGACUGAGGGAGGACCAGGAGCAGCUAUCGGAGCAGGAGAAGAGGACACUAAUGGGGAGGAGGGCCCACCCGAGUCCAGCUCGGCCUUUGCAGAUUUCAUAAACAGUAUACUGAACUUCUUCAGCAUUUUCACCUUCCGAAAUCUGCGCCGGCAAUAUCGGCGAGUGAGGAAGAUGACCUUGAAAGAGAUUGUUGUUGCCCUGUCCACCUUCUUCUGGACCAUCCUGAUGAGCAUCCUGCACUUCUUCUACAACGUGUGCAAAGGGUUCUUUAUGAUAAUCUGGCAUGCCCUGUUUGGAGGCGGCUUAGUGGAGGGAGCUAAAAAUAUCACCGUGACAGAGAUUUUGGCGAGCAUGCCGGAUCCAACGCAGGAUGACGUGCACGGCGAUGGACCGGGGGAACCUGGGAUGGGAGAGGAGCUAGACACAGGUGGGGUCACAGACACUGGAGAGACUGGAAGUGGGGAAGAAGAGGAGGAGGAUACCCAGGAGAAGGAAGGUGGGAGGGUACCUGGUAUCGAUGCCCCUGGUGGACUUGGUGACAUGGGGGUCGAGGCUCCGGUUGAGCCGCCAACCCCUGAAGGGACACCUAUAACAAAGAGGAAAAUGCAGCCAGAAGAGGAAGCUGGGGUGCAGAAGCCUCCGGAACCAGUACCUGCUGAAGAAACGCCCCCAGAACCUGAAAAAGCCGAUGUUGAAAAUGGUGAGAAAACAGAGAAAGAAUCUGAGAGUCAAGCUCGAGCAGAUGCCGAUGAACUGAAAAAAUCUGCAGUGAAGAAAGAAAAGAAGCCCAAGAAGGGAGGAGGAUUCCAAAUGUGGACCGAGCUGGAAACACAGAGAAAUAAAUUCAUGAACUACCUUUCCAGAAACUUCUACAACUUGCGAUUUCUGGCGCUGUUCCUCGCUUUUGCACUGAACUUCAUUUUACUCUUCUACAAGGUGUCUGACAGCCCGCCUGAGGGUGAAGACAUGGAAGGUUCCGGGCUGGCGGAGGGAAGCGGUUUCUUCGGGGGGUCUGGUCUAUUUGAGGGUUCUGGAGAUGAGGCUGAGGGUUCUGGAAUGAGUGACGGGGAUGAGGAUGAGGAAGAUGUGCCACUGUAUUUCUACUUAGAAGAGAGCACCGGUUACAUGCAGCCCACGCUGUCCUUCCUAGCCAUCCUGCACACUGUCAUCUCCUUCAUUUGCAUCAUUGGCUACAACUGCCUCAAAAUUCCACUGGUGAUCUUCAAACGGGAGAAAGAACUUGCAAGAAAGCUGGAGUUUGACGGCCUCUACAUUACAGAGCAGCCGGAAGACGAAGAUAUCAAGGGCCAGUGGGAUCGACUAGUCCUAAAUACGCCUUCUUUCCCGAAUAACUACUGGGAUAAGUUUGUCAAACGGAAGGUUUUAGAUAAAUACGGAGACAUUUAUGGCCGAGAAAGAAUCGCCGAAUUGCUGGGUGUCGACUUGGCGUCCUUGGAUGUGAGUCAGCAGCACGAAAAGAAACAAGAGGAAUCAGACAACGCAACAUUUGCAUGGGCUACUGCCAUAGACAUCAAGUACCAGAUAUGGAAGUUUGGAGUUGUAUUCACCGAUGGUACCUUCCUUUACCUAUGUUGGUACCUGAUUAUGUCCCUGCUUGGCCACUACAACAACUUCUUCUUCGCAUGCCACCUGCUGGACAUUGCCAUGGGUGUCAAGACUCUGCGUACAAUUCUGUCCUCAGUAACACACAAUGGAAAACAGUUGAUGAUGACAGUGGGCCUGCUGGCGGUUGUGGUGUACUUAUACACCGUGGUGGCCUUCAACUUCUUCCGCAAGUUUUACAACAAGAGCGAGGACGAGGACGAACCGGAUAUGAAAUGUGACGACAUGAUGACCUGCUACCUGUUCCACAUGUACGUGGGUGUGCGCGCAGGCGGAGGCAUCGGGGAUGAGAUUGAGGAUCCCGCCGGAGAUGAAUAUGAAUUAUAUCGAGUGGUUUUUGACAUCACUUUCUUCUUCUUUGUCAUUGUCAUCCUGCUGGCAAUCAUCCAGGGUUUGAUCAUUGACGCAUUUGGAGAGCUCAGAGAUCAACAAGAGCAGGUUAAAGAAGACAUGGAAACAAAAUGCUUCAUAUGCGGCAUUGGGAGUGAUUACUUUGAUACAACACCACACGGAUUUGAGACUCACACACUGGAUGAGCACAACCUGGCUAAUUACAUGUUCUUCUUAAUGUAUCUCAUCAACAAAGAUGAGACUGAGCACACUGGACAGGAGUCGUAUGUGUGGAAGAUGUACCAGGAACGUUGCUGGGAUUUCUUUCCUGCUGGGGACUGCUUCCGAAAGCAAUAUGAAGAUCAGCUGUCUUAGUUUGGAAGCGAAUUGCAACACUUUAAGAGCUGCUUUCAUUAUUUGGGAUUAUUUUGACAGAGAAUUGCCAGACUGGACAAACAUACAGUUUAGCAAGUGCAAUACUGUGGGGUUUUUUUUUCCCAUUAAUGUAUGAGUGAGGAAAUUAAGCAAUUUUGCCUUGAUGCCUUGAUAAGAACCCAGAUUUUGAACGUCUGACUUGCAGUCUUGAGAUUAUUAUUUAUUCAAGUCCAUUCAUCAUGUUUGUGUAUUAUUGAUUGGUUUGAAUGUUUUUUUUUUUCCUGUCGUUUUGUUCUAAUGUUUUCAAAUAGAGUCAUAUGAUCUUGUCACCUUUGGCUUUAUGUACUCAAAUGUGGAGUUUAUUUCAGAAACUCAUCUGCACUGAUACAGUCAUUAGUAACAGCACGAUAAAAAUCACACUUUUUACAUGUAUUUGUUCUCAAACUGACUGCACUGAGAGUUACAGUCGAUGUCUCAGCAGGUUGUUUGCUGCUGGGCAGCUUUGGAUGAGAAAUGAGCUGACGAGGCUUUAGAGGUUUUAGCUGCUUUAGCCCAAAACAGAAUUGUAAUUACAUAAUCACAACACUGUAAGCGCAC